AGUGCCUUAAUUUAACUUCGGGCCUGUCUCUUGACUCUCUUCUCGACUCGAGUCGAUUCUGACGAGGCGACCGGAAUGGCCUCGUCGUCCUCCUCCGGCGCUGGCCGCGUCGCCGGAACCCUAGCCCUGCGCACGAGCUCGGCGGUGCCGGCGGCGUCGCUGAUCCCAGGGCUCCCGGACGACGUCGCGGCCGUCAUCCUCUGCCUGCUCACCUUCCCCGACCAGUCCCGCCUCCGCGCCACCUCCCGCGCGUGGCGCCUGCUCCUCUCCGCGGCUUCGCUGCUCCCGCUCCGCCGCAGCCUCCGCCUCCCGCGCCGACACCUCCUCUGCCUCUUCCCCACGGACCCCUCCCUCGCCUCGCCGAUCCUUCUCGACCCCGCCGCCCCCACCGCCUGGUGGCCCCUCCCGCCGCUCCCCUGCUCGCCGCAGCUCUACGGCCUCGCCAACUUCGCCGCCCUCUCCGUCGGCCGCCACCUCUACGUCCUCGGCGGUUCGUGCUUCGACGCCCGCAGCUACCCCCUUGGGCACCCCUCUCCCUCCGCCGCGGCCUACCGGCUCGAUCUCGCCCACUCCCGACACUACUGGGAGCGCCUCCCCGACAUGCAAAUCCCGCGCGGGAGCUUCGCGUGUGCCCCCGCACCCAGCGGUGGCGUGGUCAUUGUCGCUGGUGGCGGUUCCCGACACCCCAUGUUUCCCUCCAACGGCAGCCGCACCGACAGCACCGAGUGGUAUGAUGCCACAGCUCGCGCAUGGUGCGGUGCCGCAUCGAUGCCCCGUCAUCGGGCUGGGUGCGUGGGGUUUGUGGCUCACGGUGCUGGGGACGGUGGUGAGGAUGAGUUCUGGGUGAUGGGUGGCUACGACGAGUACACCACACUCGGGGGAGUGGUGCCAACUGAUGUGUACUGCCGGAAUGCGGUGGCGCUCGGACUCUGGAGCGGGAAGUGGAGGGAGAUCGGAGACAUGUGGGAGGAAGGGGAAAGAAGGCGGCUCGGACCCGUUGCAGCUUUAUCUACGGAUGAUGGAAGGAUUACCGAGGUGUUCAUGCUUGACGGCAAUGAUAUCUUCAGGUAUGCCUUUGCUUCAAACAGGUGGCUGAGAGAGGCUACCACGAGGAGGAGGAUCCGAAACACUGAAUCUUGCGGUUUCGUAUCAAUGAAUGGGGAACUUUACAUGCUCAGAUCUGCAGAAGUUCCUGUCGAAGCCUCAGGUCCUUGGAGGCAGCUGAAGAAGAAGCUGGCUCUGGAGUUACAGGUGUACAACCCUGGGACAAAGAAAUGGAGAGUGCUCACCACACAUCCACCUGUCGAUGCACCCAUUGAUUUCAGGACUGCAGCUCUCUGUACAGUUGAGUUGUAGAUCCAUUGGUGGUCACCGUUAACUGUAUAGAUUCAGCCAUUCAGGUGGCAAGCUGAAUAUUCAAUUAAAGAAUACAGCCCCAAAGAUGCCUUGCAACUUCAGAUGACUCCGCCGGUAAGAUAGUUUGUGGAGAUUGUUGUGUGCCAGCGUGUAUAGACAUAGUAGUAACUUUGGUUAUAUAGCACAAGAACAGGUAUCUUCGCCGCCAUGCAGUAUCACUAGUUGUUCACUUGUUUGUGUUGUAAUAACCUCAAAUAACAAAUGUGGCGGGAUUCUGGUGUUUGUGGAUGGGCACGAAAUACGGGUGAUAUUUCGAUGUUUGAAUGUAAGAUCUGGUCCCGAACUUGUAGGCAGCGAGAUAACAACGAUUUGGCGGACA